GUGGCGCCAUAUUGGCGUCGCCGCGCUGUAUUGUCAUAAAUAGAGCCGGUUUUGUGGUGUUUUCCUCACUCGGUUGAAUGCCACGACCGUAGUAAGUGAGGAAGUAAACGAGCUAGAGAGCUACUAGCGACAGAGGAAAGUGGACAGAGACGAAGGGACAGAAAGAAUAGGACUCCGGGGCUUGAGACACCCGCCGGAGAGGCAGUCGCAGGAAAGCGAUGAAAGAGAUGUCUGCAAACACCGUGCUGGACAGUCAGCGUCAACAAAAGCAUUAUGGAAUUACCUCUCCAAUUAGCUUGGCAUGUCCUAAAGAAAUUGAUCAUAUUUACACACAAAAAUUAAUUGAUGCUAUGAAACCGUUUGGAGUGUUUGAAGAUGAGGAAGAACUAAACCACAGGUUAGUUGUUCUUGGUAAAUUGAACAAUUUAGUAAAAGAAUGGAUUUCUGAUGUCAGUGAGAGUAAGAAUCUUCCACCUUCUGUUGUGGCUACUGUUGGUGGUAAAAUUUUUACAUUUGGAUCCUAUAGACUUGGAGUACACACCAAAGGGGCUGACAUUGAUGCACUUUGUGUAGCUCCAAGACAUGUGGAGAGAUCUGAUUUUUUUCAGUCUUUUUUUGAAAAACUGAAACAUCAAGAUGGAAUUAGAAACUUAAGGGCUGUGGAAGAUGCCUUUGUUCCUGUUAUAAAAUUUGAAUUUGAUGGGAUUGAAAUUGAUCUAGUUUUUGCAAGAUUGGCAAUACAAACGAUAUCUGAUAAUUUGGACCUAAGAGAUGACUCUCGACUGAGAAGCCUUGAUAUAAGGUGUAUUCGCAGCCUAAAUGGAUGUAGAGUUACUGAUGAAAUCUUACACUUAGUGCCAAAUAAAGAAACCUUUAGACUCACCCUUAGAGCAGUCAAAUUAUGGGCAAAACGACGUGGUAUUUAUUCCAACAUGCUGGGAUUCCUUGGUGGUGUCUCCUGGGCAAUGCUGGUUGCAAGAACUUGCCAAUUAUAUCCAAAUGCAGCAGCUUCCACUUUAGUUCAUAAGUUUUUUUUAGUUUUUUCAAAGUGGGAAUGGCCAAAUCCUGUGCUGCUGAAGCAACCAGAAGAAAGUAAUUUGAAUUUACCAGUUUGGGAUCCUCGGGUAAAUCCAUCAGAUAGGUAUCAUCUCAUGCCCAUAAUCACCCCUGCCUACCCACAACAGAAUUCUACGUAUAAUGUGUCCACAUCAACUCGAACAGUAAUGGUAGAAGAAUUUAAACAAGGUCUUGCAGUCACAGAUGAAAUUCUUCAAGGGAAGUCAGAUUGGUCCAAAUUACUUGAACCACCAAAUUUUUUUCAAAAAUACAGACAUUAUAUUGUAUUGACUGCCAGUGCAUCAACAGAAGAAAAUCAUCUAGAAUGGGUUGGAUUAGUAGAAUCUAAAAUUCGUGUUCUUGUUGGAAACUUGGAACGGAAUGAAUUUAUAACCCUUGCCCAUGUAAAUCCCCAGUCAUUCCCAGGAAAUAAGGAACAUCAUAAAGACAACAAUUACAUAUCAAUGUGGUUCCUUGGAAUAAUUUUUCGGAGAGUAGAAAAUGCAGAAAGUGUUAACAUAGACCUCACAGAUGAUAUACAAUCAUUUACUGAUACAGUGUACAGGCAGGCAAACAAUAUAAACAUGCUAAAGGAGGGAAUGAAGAUUGAAGCAACUCAUGUUAAAAAAAAACAGCUUCAUCACUACCUUCCAGCAGAAAUUCUUCAAAAGAAGAAAAAGCAGAGUCUUUCUGAUGUCAGUCGAAGUUCAAGUGGACCUCCAUCCAAAAGAUCAUCUAUGGAUAGCAGUUGUUUGGAUAGCUCCAGAGACACUGAUAAUGGAACACCUUUUAGUUCUCCAUUGUCUACAAAGCAAGCUUCCAAGGCUGAUAAUCCUGCCGGAGAACCAGAAAGAAAUAGUGCUGAACCUGUUGCUGUAAAUGUGGAAAAGCCAUCAACUGUCCCACCAGCUCAAGGACUGUCUAUUCCAGUUAUUGGUGCAAAAGUUGACUCUGCAGUAAAAUCUGUAUCGCCCCCAACUGUGUGCACUAUUCCUACUGUAGUAGGACGUAAUGUCAUUCCGAGAAUCACAACACCUCAUAACCCUGCCCAGGGACAACCACAUAUAAAUGGAAUGUCAAAUAUAACUAAAAAUGUUACAAUCAAGAGAUCUCAUUCCCCAUCUAUUGAGGGGUCUUCCAAGAGGUUGAAAAACAUAGAAAAGUUGACUCGACUUGAAUCAGGAUUUCAUGAAUCACGUGUUACUGAAGACAGGAAAAGGAAAUCAGUGGAUGCUAUUGGAGGAGAAUGCAUGCCUAUUCCAACUAUUGAUACAGCAAGAAAAAAGAGACUACUGAGUAAAGAACUACCAGAUUCUUCAUCUCCAGUUCCUGCAAAUAACAUCCGUGUCAUCAAAAAUUCCAUUCGACUGACGCUUAAUCGGUAAAUGCAGUGCCUCCUCACUAAAGUGAAUAUGCAAUCAUUUAGUGGCAUAGAGACAGCCACUUUUUUAAAAUAGAAGUGGUUGUUAUAGAUAAAAUUGGGUGGAAGUUACUGUCAUCAGUUCAAGGACCUUAAAGUGGUUUUUGAAUAUGCACUUUGACGUGCAGAUGACGUAGCAUAAUAGUCUCUCAUAGAUGCUACAGACCUGUCUAGGGGAUCACUUGCUAUCAAAUUGUCACAUAUAAUAUUAUGGCUUUGCAUUGAAGGUUUUUCUGCCUUAACUUUCAAUGCGUAUUUCUCUCUUAUGGGAACCAGUUCUUGGCAAUUUGGAAAAUGAUUUUUUUUCAAGUACUGAAAUUUUUUUUAAGUCUUAUGUUGUAAUCAUUGUAUAAAACUAAAGUUAAAACAAAAAAAUUUUUGUCCUAUAAGUUUCCAAAUUUUAACAUAUUUGCUUUAGCAUUGAAGCCACUUUGUGAAACCUGAGAAAAAUGAAUGUGAGUUAUAUUUUCUCCUUUUCUCAUUUGUGUAAAUGUAUUGUUGUAUGUUCUAUUGAUUUAAAUUAUUUUUUCAAGAUUGGCACAUGGAAUAUUUAAGUUAUUGUUUUCUUGUGCCUUUCUGUUCAAAUGUUGCAGUUACCAGGGAGAAUUAGUCCAGUCAUUACUAUAAGAGUUGGACACCAUAAAUUCUUUAUAAUUUUGCCUCCCAUGGAGGCCUUCAAAAUGCAUCUUUAUUAAGAAUCAAAAUAUUACCAGGAUACUGAAAGUCAGUAUUAUGAAUUGUGAAAUUGUUAUAUAUUCUAUCUCAUGCCAUUCUUGUAAGUAGACCAUUCUUUUUUACAGAGGAGUAGCUCAUUCCAACACCAACAAUAAGAGAUCUUUAAGUAUGGCAAACUUGUAUUUUUGAGGUAUAAAAUUAACUUGGCAUGAUAAUUUCUGAACAUUACCCCACAACUUCAAAUGUUUAUUCACAAGCUAAGCAUGCAGAAAUAAGCAGUGGAUUUUAUUAAAAUCUAAAGACAUUUUUGAAUGACAUUGUUACCAAGUAUUAAUUGGCUCAGGACCUUUGUAAUUAUUUAAUUAUAUGAGUUGUCUUUUUUUACACUGCUUUUUUCAAUGCAUUUCUUAAUAUUUUUUAAGUUUCAUGAAUGCAUGCUCAGUUUAUUAAACUCCAUAACCAUGUAAUUCUUGUAAUAUGUUGAUUCAGUGUUUUGUAAAUGAAGUCGUAUGUAUUUUCAGAGUAUUUUUGUAUGUACUGUAAGAUAACCAUCUUUUCAAAGAGAAAACUUUAAAACCUU